AUGCUCGAACCUGUUGAAGCUGAAUUCGCUCGUCCACCCAUUUACACCACUGAACAGGAAGAGGCUCUGCAAGAUGAAGAUGUCGAAACACCAGAUGCCUUAAGUCCAGCUGGGCUUGAGAGACAUCGUACUCAGAUGAGCCGAAUCCUCAGUACCCAUCCAACUCGCGUUGGCACCCACACUCCAGACAGCAAUGAGUUGGAAAAGGGAAAUGGGGAGACACUAGUGGAGUUCGAAGAGGGAGAGGGUCCGAGAAAUUGGUCGCAAGGAAAGAAAUGGUUCGCAACCAUGUCUACUUCUUUCCUAUGUCUUACCGUCGCCCUAGGUUCUGCCAUGCCAACCGGUGACCUGCCGGGUACGGCAGAAGGUCUUCACGUAUCAGACGAGGCGAUCUACCUCUCGAUCACCCUCUUCGUGGUUGGAUUUGGAGUUGGUCCACUGUUCUUUGCUCCCCUAUCCGAGCUGGUUGGAAGAAAACCAAUCUACUGUAUCUCCAUCUUCUUCUACUUCAUUUUUACCCUUCCAUCAUGUCUCGCCAAAAACAUCGCGACGAUGCUUGCCGGUCGUAUGCUUGCGGGUAUAGCGUCUUCUGCGCCAAUGACGAAUGUUGGUGGAACAAUCUCUGAUAUAUGGGCAGUAGAAGAACGAGGUAUUCCCAUGGCUGUCUUCAGUGGUGCUAUAUUUAUGGGUCCAUGCUUAGGACCAUUGUUCGGUGGCUGGAUCAGUUACAAGACCCAUCAAUGGAGAUGGAUCUAUUGGGUAUUGUUCAUCCUCGUCGGAGUUGUUUUCGGCCUCACCCUCCUCAUGCCGGAAACACUCGGUGUUGUCAUCUUGAAGAGGCGAGCUGCGAAGCUCAACAAAGCCCAUAAAACCAAACGAUAUGUCACCGCUCACCAGAAACUGCAAGAAUCAUCGGGCGUGUCGUUCGGACAGACACUCAAGACUGCUAUGAUACGUCCAUUCAUUCUCAUGUUCCUCGAGCCGGUGGUUUUGUUCAUGAGCUUCUACUUGAGUUUCAUUUACUCUUUACUUUACGCCACCUUCUUCGCAUUCCCAAUCGCAUUCGAAGAGAUUCGAGGUUGGAAUCCUGGUAUGACUGGUGUAGCAUUCUUAUCCAUUGUGGUUGGUAUAAUGAUUGCUAUGUUCCUUAUGCCAAUCCAAGAACGACUAUAUGCUAGGAAACCUGGACAUCCGGAAUCUCGACUGUACCCGAUGAUGUUCGGUGCUGUGCUUCUACCUAUCUCUUUAUUCAUCAUCGCUUUCACCGGGGCGUAUGCUCAGGUCCACUGGAUGGGUAUGAUGGUUGGAGGAGCUCUGUUCGGAUGUUGUAUGGUCAGCGUAUAUAUCUCGGCAAACAGUUACAUCGUGGACAGUUACGCACAUGUAGCCGCCUCAGCAGUUGCUGCUAAGACCCUCAUGCGUUCUCUUAUUGGUGCCAGUGUACCUUUAUGGAUCACUCAGCUUUUCCACAACCUUGGAUUCCAGUAUGCUGGGCUUUUCUUAGCUCUCGUAGCUUGUUGUAUCGGUUUCAUCCCGUACAUCUUCUUCUUCAAGGGUGAGAGCAUCAGAAAAGCAUCCAAACGAGCAUUCAAGCCGGCAGAAAAAUCAUAG